AUGGAAGUUUGCAAUAUGAUAGGGUGGAAUGUGAGGGGUAUGAAUAAAAAGGAUAAGCAAAAUGCUAUUCUUAGUAUUUGUAGGGAGAAUAAGGUUGGUUUUGGAGCUUUCUUUGAGACUAAAUUAAAACAUGAGAAAAUUAAAGAAGUUUUUGAGAAUAAUUUUCACAAUUGGGAUUAUUUUUCUAGUCCUAUUGUUUCUGGUAGGAUCUUAGUCGUUUGGCAAACUAAAUUUGUGAAGGUUGAUAUAUUGCUUGAAGAUCCCCAACUUGUCCAUUGUAGGAUCAAAGUGAGUGGCCAGCAGGAAUUUUUCUUUGCUACAGUGGUUUAUGGUAGCAAUUCCAUGGGGGAGAGGAAGCUUCUUUGGGAUAAAUUAGCUAGUAUUGGUCAAUUAAAGUCUCCUUGGAUAAUUUUUGGAGACUUCAAUGCCAUGUUUAGCUACCAAGAUAGGAUUGGUGGGAGACAAGUCCUUGCUAAGGACAUAGCUGAUGCUCAAGAUUGGUUGGCUUUAGGCCAAGUUGAGGAACUUAAGUGUGAGGGUGCUCCCUAUUCUUGGACGAACAAACAGGAGGCAGGAGAUCGUAUUUUUUCUAAGUUAGAUAGAGUGUUUAUCAAUGAUCUGUGGCUGGAUGUUUUUCCGAAAUCUGAAGCUCGCUUCAAAUGGGACUGCAUUUCUGAUCACAGUUUCUGUGUGAUUCGUAAUCAAGAAGUUAAUGGUGUGGGAUUUCUCCCUUUUCGUUUUGGUAACCACUGGAUGCAGUAUAGAGGUUAUAGGGAAGUUGUUCUUCACUGUUGGAAUGCACCAGUUGUUUUUGGUGGAGGUCUCAGCAAGAUAAUUCAGAAAUUAUUUCGGGUGAAGCAUACUUUGAAAAGGUUUAACAGAGAGGAGGUUGGUGAUAUUGUUUUGAGUUAUAAGAAGGCCAAGGAGGAGUAUAGUAGAGUUCAGGAGGCUCUGGCUUCUAAUCCUUCAGACAUGUCUCUGCUUCAUUCGGUUACUCAAGCCCAGCUCAAUGUUUCAGUUUUGCAGCGCUGUUAUGCCAGUUUUCUCAAACAGCAGAGUAAACUUAAUUGGAUUAAGUUUAGUGAUGAUAAUUCGAGAUUUUUUCAUGCAUUUAUGCGAAAAAGAAGAGUUGCUAAUAGGAUUUCUUCCUUCACAAUAGGAGGCAAAACAGAAGAGGAUUAUUCUAAAGUUGUAGAGCAUUUCCUGUCUCAAUUCAAGAAGUUUAUGGGGAAAGGAAAUUUGGCUUCAGUGGCGAUUGAUCAUAGCUGUUUCAUGCAGGGAAACAUAUUGUCUCUGGAUCUCCAUGUCAGACUUCUGAGACCUUUUACCAAGAAUGAUGUGAAGAAGGCUCUAUUUAGCAUUCACUCCUAUAAAAGUCCGGUUUGGAUGGUUUUGGCUUGGGAUUUUUUAAGGGGUUAUGGUCAGAUAUUGGUGCUGAGAUUACUUCUGCAGUGUUGGAUUUCUUUCAUGAUGGUUACUUGCCGAAGGACUUGA